AUGUUGGAGUACUCCCUGAACCUGCAGAACGUCAGCCUUUCAGCCGUCAGAACAGUCCGUGUGCUCAGACCUCUGAGAGCCAUCAAUCGAGUACCAAGUAUGCGUAUCCUGGUCACCCUGCUGCUGGACACCCUCCCCAUGCUGGGAAACGUGCUGCUGCUCUGCUUCUUUGUCUUCUUCAUAUUUGGAAUCGUGGGCGUCCAGCUGUGGGCCGGCCUGCUCAGAAACCGCUGCUUUUUGGAAGACAACUUAUCCUUCCCUUUGUCAGUAGGACUGGCCAAUUACUACAAGACUGAAAACGACGAUGAAAACCCCUUCAUCUGCUCUCAGCCACGAGACAACGGUAUGAGGGACUGUGGUUCGGUACCCAAGCUCUACGAGGAAGGAGGCCUGCAAUGUAACCUGGACAUGUACUCCUACAACAGCACUGACAACACCACCUGCGUCAACUGGAACCAGUACUACACCAACUGUUCUGCUGGUCCCUUCAACCCCUUCAAAGGAGCAAUCAACUUUGACAACAUCUGUUACGCCUGGAUCGCCAUAUUUCAGGUGAUCACUCUGGAGGGAUGGGUGGACAUCAUGUACUUUGUGAUGGAUGCUCACUCCUUCUACAACUUCAUCUACUUCAUCCUGCUCAUCAUUAUCGGUUCUUUCUUCAUGAUCAACCUUUGCCUGGUGGUCAUCGCCACUCAGUUCUCCGAGACCAAACAGAGGGAGAGUCAGCUGAUGAAGGAGCAGCGGGUGCGCUUCAUGUCCAACGCCAGCACCCUGGCCUCUCUUUCUGAACCCGGCUCCUGCUACGACGAGCUGCUCAAAUACCUGGUCCACAUCAUCCGGAAAGGGGCCAAGCAGGUGGCCCACGUAUGCAGGUUUCUGGCUCGGCGUGCCGGGCUCAACAUCGCCGCCUCCCCCCCUGCGCAGGACCCCCAACGCAACCAAAGCCAGAGGAGGAGGAGGAAGUCUUCCAGACAGGGCUCUGUGUCCGUGCAUCAUAUGGUCCACCACCACCACCACCACUACCACCUGGGGAACGGCAGCGUAAGGGGCGGGGGGAGCGUGAGGGGGCUGGACGCGGAGGCUGCCCCCAGCAACAACAGUGGGGGGGCGCUUAUAGCGACCACCUGCACCAGGCAUCUGGCCUUAGCUCCGCCUCCAUCAGUAAUCGCAGCAACAUCUGAUACAAACUUGGCGACUUUAUCCAACUGUGGAGCAGCAGCUGCCGGGUCUUCUUCCGUGGGCAGCGUUUACCAGAUGGAUUAUCAUUCGGACAGUUUCUGCUGUACGCCCACCGCCCCGGGGCCCUUCUCCCUGGCCCCGGCCCCCACGGGCAGGGCCAUGAAGAGGAACUCUGUGCCCUUUGCAGCUCCAGGUCCGAAGAAUUACCCGACCCUGCAGGCCAGAGUGUUAGCAGAGUCCAGACGAGGAAGUGUUGCUGCCAGCACUCUGACUAACAUCAGCUUCAACCUCAACAUCCCACCCAUGCAACUAGAGCGAUGUCAGCAGAGCCUGGUGGACACGCACACGGCCACAGCCCAGCUCUCGGUCCGUGACCUCAGCCGCUCCAGCGGCGCCGUGGACGCGGCCGCCCUGACGCCCUGGCCAAACGAGUCCGAGGGCGCCACGGAGAGCAACGACACCCCCGGAGACUCGGACAGCGAGGGGGUCUACGAGUUCACCCAGGACCUCCACCACAGGGACAGAAGGGACAGUCGGCAGCCCAGGAGGAGGCACCGCAGGCUGGGCAAGACGGCGGCCAAAGUGGUUCACUUCUGGAGGCUGGUGUGUGACACCUUUAGGAAGAUCGUGGACAGCAAGUACUUUGGCAGAGGCAUCAUGAUCGCCAUUUUGAUCAACACUCUGAGCAUGGGCAUCGAGUACCACGAGCAG